AUGACUUGCCAGGGCGUCAAAAGUGCCGCUGCGGAGCGCCCGAAUACGAGUCUGCGGGAGCUGUACCCUGAGAGUCUGCGGGAGCUGUACCCUGUCUGUCUGCGGGAGGUGUACCCUGACUGUCUGCGGGAGCUGUACCCCGACUGUCUGCGGGGGCUGUACCCUGAGAGUCUGCGGGAGCUGUACCCUGAGAGUCUGCGGGAGCUGUACCCUGAGAGUCUGCGGGAGCUGUACCCCGACUGUCUGCGGGGGCUGUACCCUGAGAGUCUGCGGGAGCUGUACCCUGACUGUCUGCGGGAGCUGUACCCUGAGAGUCUGCGGGAGCUGUACCCUGACUGUCUGCGGGAGCUGUACCCUGAGAGUCUGCGGGAGCUGUACCCUGACUGUCUGCGGGAGCUGUACCCUGAGAGUCUGCGGGAGCUGUACCCUGAGAGUCUGCGGGAGCUGUACCCUGCUGGCGGCUGCCGGUCGGCGCACGUGGCGGAGCGCAUACUGUGGCGUGACGGUGCCUUCAGUGAUUCUUGCGACGUCAGUGAGCGGUGGCGCCGGGCGGUCACUUGCGCAGAGCUUGAUGUGGGCUCCGAGGCCUCGUGGACGUGGGUGAACGCGACCGGGAACAUGUGGGGAGCGUCCGGCGACCGCGAGGAGGCGGUGCCGCACCUCUUCAGCGAUGGACUACACGGCAGCCUGCUGGACGGCAUCGGCCCGCCCGAACUGCCCAGCAUGCCAGCCAUGGAGAGUCUGCUCACACAGGACGGGUCCGAUCUCUUCAGAAUGGACGCCGACCACGCCAUCGACAUCGAUGAGCUGUACGCAGGACUGCAGGACGGAUCAGAGCUGAAGCAAGACCCGCCGUCUCCAGAGAGCUCAGAUAGCGGCGUAGACACCAGCCCAGCUGGCUUCGAGUGUGAGGACCCGCCGGCCCGGCCGGGCCUGGCCGUCUGCUCACCACACCCCGGACCCCUGAGGCGGAAGCCGGCUCACCGUGGUGGCCUCGCCGCAGUCUCACCAGCCGCCGGGGCAGCCACGGUUGUGGCGCACACAUACGUGUCACGGUUACUGAAGCGCCAGGAGCGCAUGAUCAAGAACCGCAUGUCCGCCUGCCUGUCGCGCAAGAAGAAAAAGGACCAGUUCUCGGAGAUGGAGGCGCACUUGCAGCGGACAGAGGCAGACUGCGGCCGACUGCGCGCCGAGAAUCAGCAGCUGCACCGGCGCCUGGCGCAGCUGCAGGUGGAGGUGGAUAUGCUACGUGGCCUGCAGACGCCCGCCUCGCCGCCGCCCUCGCCGCGCCGCCCGCUCCUGCUGCUCUCCGUGCUGCUGAUCGCCUCGCUCAACCUGGCGCCCAUCAGCUCGCUGCUCUCCGGACCGCUGCCGCCUCCGUUUGAUCCAUCGGAGGGGGACCGGACGGCGGAGACGGCGCCCGGCAGGACGCUGCUCUGGGCACCGGCCGACCCGCCAACGGAAGACACCGGCGUUUCCGCCGGCGAGGUUACCCGGGUGGAGGACGCCACCAACUCGUCUGGAGGUGCCAACUGCAGCCCACACGUCAGCCAGCUGGAGGCCAGGAGGCUGUCCAAGGUGCUGCGGAGCUGGUUCGAGCGGUUCCAUCUGCCUACCGCGCCGGGCCUGGACCCUGUGGCCGACCGGCACGGCUACCCGACCUUCCGCACGGCCGGCAACACCAGCGGCCGACCCAGCCGGCGCGAGAGGUGGCAGCAGGCUGCUCACCCAGCGGGCAGACCCGCGGCCUUCAUGGAGGCGGUGCAGCGGCGGGACGACACGUUCUACGUGGUCUCCCUCAGCGGGGAGCAGUUGAUGCUGCCGGCGCUGAAGCACAACGAGACGCUGCGGCCGCGGGUGUCGCUUCUGCUGCCGUCGGCACCAUUCAACGUGGCGGCACGGGCUCCGGAGCGGCACCUGGACAUGAUGCAGAUCGACUUUGAGGUGGUCAACACGCGGCUGUUGCACGCCCCAGAGCCGCCGGUCAUCCCCGCCGCCGUCGCCGCCGCCGACGCCGGCGUCCGGAAACAACCGGCGACCGACUUGGCUAACGCCACUUCCGGCGGAGCUCGACGCAAGCUCAAAUCCGAACAUUUGUCGAGAGGUGGCGCGCAGCGGUUUAUGCGAAAGUCGGACCUUCACAAGCCGACCGGCGUGGACCGCAAAGGAAAAUUUGGUAUCGAAGCGCGUCAUGACGUGUACGAACGGCUAUUACGGGCGCACAUAACCUCAGCAUGACUGCAAAUGUACAGGGUCUCUAAGAUGGUGCUGUGUGCACAUGGCGCACAUAUAAAACGAUGCAGUGAGUGCAUGGCCUCACGGUGGGGUGAUGUAUCGCCCAAAGCUGGUUGUGAUUAUUGUACACAAUGAGUCGUCGGUGGCCGCAUGCAUGCUUCACUAAACUGAUUGGCAGCUGUGUGUCGGUGCUGUUGUACCACCUGUGGUCGUUCGUUAGUGCUGUUUUGCACAUUGUGGUGGGCGAACGCAUCAUUUAUAUGCUGAUUUACUGCGUUGGUAUGCCUGUCCGAAGUCGACACAAGAAAUGUGCGACACAGACGCGGCACAGAUGAAAUCGACACAAGCAAAUGUGCCCGCAUUGGUCUGUGUCGAUUUCCUUUAUGAGCAACGUCGCAUUUCGUCUCGCGGUGUGAAUAAUAUUUAGUUGAGGAUGGAAGCGUCGCGUUUCUCUGUCGACACCGGAGCGGUCGGAUCAUGGUGGUGACAUGCUGUAACUAACUACUUUACUUGCGUGAUAGGCACAUUGAUGAC